AUGAUAAACAUUCGUAUGCCCAUUCAUGCUGCAGCCACCAUUCCUGAGGACAUCCUUCUUGCUGGUGGUGCUUGUUCAGUCUUGGAUGCUGACCCAGUACUUAAUUGGUUUAAAGAGCACUUUGACAACAAGUAUGACAAAACACAAAGAAGUAUUGAGAGCAAACAUGAAGUCACAAUCCUAGGAGGACUCAAUGAAUUUGUAGUGAAGUUUUAUGGACCACAAGGAACACCAUAUGAAGGUGGAGUAUGGAAAGUUAGAGUGGACCUUCCUGAUAAAUACCCUUUCAAAUCCCCAUCUAUAGGAUUCAUGAAUAAAAUUUUCCAUCCCAAUAUUGACGAAGCGUCAGGAACUGUAUGUCUAGAUGUAAUUAAUCAAACUUGGACAGCUCUCUAUGAUCUUACCAAUAUAUUUGAGUCGUUCCUGCCCCAGUUGCUGGCCUAUCCUAACCCCAUAGAUCCUCUAAAUGGUGAUGCUGCAGCCAUGUAUCUCCACCGACCAGAAGAAUACAAACAGAAAAUUAAAGAAUACAUUCAGAAAUAUGCAACAGAAGAAGCACUAAAAGAACAGGAAGAAGGUACCGGGGACAGCUCAUCAGAGAGCUCCAUGUCUGACUUCUCGGAAGAUGAGGCCCAGGAUAUGGAAUUGUAGUAGAAGAAGCAACCUGCUUUUCAGAGAGACUAUUAUUUCCUAACCAUGAGAAGCAGACUAUAAUAUUCAUAUUUAAACAAAGCAAUUUUUUUUAUUACUAAACAAGGUUUUUAUGAAUAAUAGCAUUGAUAUAUCUAUAUCGCCCUUUAGAUCUUGAUUUCUUGGUCAUUUCUCAAACCCAAGGUGUAUAGCAUAUUCCCACAUUCCAUUUUGGUAGCAAUAUGCAGCCUGAAUGCAUGCAUUCAUAAUUCCAUUUGGCCAAGUCAAGUCAACUUGUGUGCUACUGAACUGUCAACUCAACCAGCUGCUCUGAUAGGCAGGGGCUGAAAGGUUUCCUUUUGAUCAGUGGUUCCACAGAUACUACUUUGGAUGAUAAGAUGGAACGGCACUUUCUCAAAGUAAAAAAAUCUAGGGGAUAAUGUCAACCGUGUUUAGAUCAGACAGUGAAAUAAAAGGUGCUCCUUCCAAUCAAACGCGCCAUCCUGUUUUGUGGAGUUGCAUUUAAAAAGUGCACGGAGUUAUUCAGAGCAUCGAAGCUUAAAAAAUGACUUGGAUUUUAAGUACACUUUUAUAUUGGACUCCUGCUCGCCCUCUGAACUAUAGGGACCUACAACCACUCAUCUCCUUUUGGGAUUUUUGAAACCCUUCAUCUGGACUUAACUCAUUUUCUUGGUCUGGAUUAUGAGCUGUUCCCUUUUUUGGGGGGAAAAACCCACAAUGCUAUACGAAGAGUGCUUUAAUUUACCUGGAGCACAUACAAAGGCAAAUUGUCAUAGAUUUGAAACUGCUACCCUGUAAUAGCUUCAAGCUUUCCUUCUUGCUUGAAGUAUGGUCAAACACCUUGUAAACAAUCUCUCUGUCUCCUAAAAGAAGGUUCUCUGACCAGAUGGACUAGCCUUGCUGAGAGCUUCAGACCCAUGAAGAUUGGUCCAUUGGCCAUAGUCCAUGAAUCCACUGGCACAUCCUCCCUCUCAUUUUUGUUUCUUUUUUCCCUUCUGCAGCAGCUUGGUAGCCAUCUGCUUGUGUGUACAACAGACCAAACUAAAGUUUAACCAAGAAAGUCAUCUAGGCAUAUUUGAGAUCAAUUAAAAAAAACCACAAACUCGGGAAACAAGCAAAUAAUUUCAAGGAUUCUGAAUGAGAAAUUUAAUUUCUUCUGGUGUAUUUCAACAUGCUACUUUUCUUAAUCAUUAUUUAAUGGUAAGAGAACCUAAUACAGUAAAUGCCUACCUGGGUUGCCAUAGAUACUUGAAUUUGGAUAAUUGUACAUUUGGAAUCCUAACAAUGAUGGAUUUUAAAUCUGAAUGUUACCAACUAUAUUCUUAGGGAUUUCUGAGGGGUUUGGAUAGUCACAUACUUUAAUACUUUUUGGUGAAGACUUCAGGACAGUGCAUGGGAAUUCAGCCCAUGCUGAGUGAUUCUUGAACAGAGUAUUUUGAAUGUCAGACUGGACUGAGUAAACAUUUCUCAUGGUCCCACAAAUGUGUUUCUUUUGGGAAUGCCACCAAGUUUUGAGUUGACGGGGUUGAAAGAUACAAUCCUUUUUUAAUCCAUAAAGCACAAUCAGUUUUUUUCUUUUGGAAAAAGCUAUAUGAAGUACAAUUUUGCUUUAGCAUGAUUAUUUUCCUUAAUAAAAAUAACAUACAAAGGGAUUUACUUAUUUUAUGUUAAUUAUGGGCAUGAAGCAAAAGGUUUUUCUCCUUUAAAAAAAAAAAAAGCAGUAAUGUAGGACUGUGGUUAGUUACUGUGCUGAAGUUCUCUAUCUAGCAUUUGUGGCUUGUUGGAAGGGUAGUAUUAACUAUUUAACAUGUAAUGGUGUACUUUAACUCUUAUCUAGCACGCGGUUUUCUCAUUACUUUGGGGUGGGGGCAGAACUGGGCGCACACUCUGAACUGGCAUUUUGCUUGUGCUUUAACCUUUAACUGUAGGUGCUAUUUAGAGGUAGUCUAAGUGCUGGGUGGUGAUAUCAGUUUAAAAACAACAAAACAAUAAACAUUUGUAUUUUUUUCAA